CUUCUUUGGUUUUUUUUUUUAACCAUUUUAGACUUAUCAAGGGUCCCAGAAAUAUAGCCCUCAGGGAGAUUCUUUUGUACCACUUCCUAUAAAAUGACAUGUACCUCCAUAGAAUUCAUUUUCUGAGAACCAGCGAAUGACAUGCGGUGACAUAGCAUAAAUCUACCGCCUCUUUAAUCCGGCACCGUUCAAAAAGCCCUCUGCUUCUAGGUGACGACGAUGAAGGGGACGGACAUCAUGGACAGAUCCUCCAAGCAGAACACCUUAGCAAAGGCCUUAUAUGACAACCAGGCCGAAUGUGCCGAUGAGCUAGCCUUCAGCAGAGGAGACAUCCUUAUCGUCCUGGAACAGAAUGUCCCGGAGAGCGAGGGAUGGUGGAAGUGUUCUCUCCACGGGAGAAAGGGACUGGCUCCCGCUAACCGGCUCCAGCUUCUCUCUGAUAACCAGGCUGGCAGGCUCUCUCCUCCACUGGGGACCUUGGAAGGAUCGUCCUCUGGUCCACAGAACUCCUACCAGGUGCCGUCUGACCUCAAGCCUUCCCCUCCAGCAGGCGUAUACGAAAAGAUGGUUGGCUGGGUUAAGAAGCCCUCUCCGCAACUGUCUCCAGCUACUUAUCAAGUAUACGAACUACCAGGACCUCUGACUUCCGCAAAAAUACUCAGUGAGCGGACCGUCGGCUUUGCCAAGCAGGCCCUUUUCACUCUCCCUAGGCCUAGCCGGGCCUCAUUACCAACUAUUCACGCCAAGGUAUAUGAUGUUCCAUCUCAACAGUGCACUGGGUCCUUGUUCCCUAAGGAAUUGGAGCAGCAUCAAGUGUAUGAUAUUCCAGCUGGCCCAGAUAAGGCAAGAAUCAUUGUUCAGCCAGAUGCUCUAAAAAGCAGUGCCUACGAUGUUCCCCCUUCAACGGCAAGAGGCCCCGCUCAAAGAGAUGCAACCUCUGUAAUUUGUUCACCCAUAACGUCUCUGAGGAAAUGCGUCAAACAUUACAACACUUUGCCGACUCCUCGGAAACCAGGCUGGAUUUAUGAUGUUCCAGCGUCGCCAGAAAAAGCAGGUCUGAAGCAGGCCUCUCCAUCGAAUUCACCAGAAAAACGAGCACCUUUUUAUGAUGUUCCCCCUGCCAGAAAUCCACCCGGUUCACAUCAUUCUCCCCAAAGCAAAGAGAAGCCGUUCAAUCCACAAACGUGCACUGUUCCUUCAGUGCAGAAAAAGAUCUCUUUGCAGGAGGUCCCCAUCUAUGACAUUCCAUCCUCCAGGGACGCGGUCCUCUUGCAGCCGAGUGGGAACUACAACGUUCCUCCCAGCUUUCUGAUUCCUCGGGUCGAACAACAGAACACCAAGCAAAACAUUUAUGAUAUCCCAAAAGGGAUGCCCCCUGCGUCCACGCAGAGGAAAGAGCCUGAGACAAGCGAUGGGGCUUCUGAAAAUUUUGCUUACGCAGUUCCUUCUUGGCUGGCCAAAGAUGCCAAAUCAGCGGCCGCUACGCCAUCCGAAUGCGACCGACUCUCCAUUUCCAGUGUAGACAGCAGGGCCAGCACGCUUUCUACCUGCUCAUCCUCUUCGACUGAUUCGUCAUCUCUUUCCUCACCAGAAGACCAAGAGGCUGCUGCCCUGGACCUUGAAUUGGCCAAAGAAACCAUGACUGGCUUGCAGCACAGGGUGGCUAGUUCAAUAGCUAGCUUAAUGAUCUUCGUGAGCAGCAAGUGGAGAUUCAGGGAAUUCCUGAGGUCCACUAUUGAUGAAAUCCACAGGGCCGCUGAUCAUAUCCAAGAAUCUCUGGGAGAAUUCCUGGAUUUUGCCCGGGAUAUCAGUACGAACGCUGACAACCUCACGGAUAGUAACCUACAAACAAGAAUAAAAAAGCAGCUACAGAUUAUUUCCGACUCCUACCAGAUUCUCCUAGAGACAAAGGAGUCUCUGAACAACUGCAACUGGUCCCUGGAUGUCCUCAUCACAGACAAACUUCAGAACAACCCAGAUGACCUAGAUAGAUUUGUCAUGGUGGCCCGCACCAUUCCAGAAGAUAUCAAGCGCUUUGCCGCCAUCAUCGUGGCCAACGGGAAGCUCCUCUUUAAACCGAAACGGAAGAAAGAAGAGCCCUCAAAUCUGAACGUGAGGACUGAGUACAAAAUCGCGAAAUGCACCCAGCUUCCCAGGAGCAGAGAAACUGAUUCACACCAAAAUAAUAUUUCUCUCACCACACCAAGGGAAAGUCAACGCUCUUUCGACGUCUCAAGUGGAAACAAGGGAGAUCUCGGUGAAAGUGUUGAAUCACAGAAGUCACUUAGUCUGGUACGAGAACAAAAACCCAUUUUGAAUCAAGAGACGGAAAAGAACAAAGACUCAAAAAGAAAGGACCUUCCGACCAAAGACAAAUCUCCAAGUAAAAAGGACUCAGAGAAGAAAGUUAACCUUUCAGAACACUGCAGACUCUACUUCGGUGGGCUUCUUAAGGCCAUCGGUGUGUUUAAUAGUAGCCUUAGCAGUCAUCAGGCACCCGAAACUUUCAUCGCUCAGAGCAAACUGAUCAUUAUGGUCGGGCAAAAGCUGGUAGACGCCCUCUGCCAAGAGACCCAGGAGAAGGACGCGCGGAAUGAGAUCCUUUGCAACAGCAGUCGGCUUUGUAGUCUGUUGAAGAACCUGGCUGUGGCCACGAAGAAUGCUGCUGUACAGCACCCCAAUUUAGCAGCCAUGAGAGAACUCCGGGCUGCGUCCGAAAAUCUGACAAAACACACGCUGCAGUUCCGAGGGACUUUGGAAUAAGACUUUCGUAAAGCCAUGUGGUUUUCUCACUUUAGAAACAGCCGCCCCAAAGUUGUUCCCUCUCCCUCACUUCACAGUCCUCUAGAAUAUACCGCCAGUUCUGUCUGAGUAGCUAAUGGUGUUGGAUCUGCACAGUCCAGACAAAGUGAGGGCUUGAGGAAUUUAUCCAGAGGAUUUAUUCUGCAGACAGUGCGGCUGAAUAGCUCAGAUGCCCCAGUCAGUUCUCUGGGUCUGGAUUCUCUGGUCGGAUGGUUUACGGGGAACAAAUCGUGUGAGAAAGUCCACGGUGCCAAGGACUCAGACUUCACAUAAUCAGUGGCUGGGGCUACAUGGAGUGAAGCAUAUUUUUGAAACUAAGUUUAUGAGUGAAAAAUUCUUCCUUUCACCCGAAGUGCUACCGGGCAAGUGUAAUUCUCUAGGUCAACCAAUCCGUAUCUGGAGAAUUCCAUGCAUCAUCAUUAGUGGUGAUAACCUAUGGUAUUUGUUAAGUGCUUACUAUGUACCAAAUAAUGCGGGGCAGAUACAAGGAGAUCCAAUCACGUACCAUCUCGGUUCCACAGCAUGACGAGGAGGGAGAGUAGGUAUCGAAUCCCCAUUUUACAGAUGAGGAAAACUGAGGGACCGAAAAGUCACAUGGCAGGCAAGUGGCAGAGCCUGUAUUCGAACCCAGAUGUCCCGACUUCCAGUUCUGCGUCCGUUCCGCUGCGCCCCACUGAGACUGGGGUUAAUUGCGUUCAAGGAACCUUACCAAUUCCAAUCCGGUGCCCUCCUGGGAAAUCUGAUAUCGGCAAGCUUUUGUGAUUGAUUGACAGGUGAGAGUUCUGGAUGUUUCCAGCCCCACUGCCAUCCUGAGAAGCCUCAUGGCAGUGGUCAGCAUCUAAAGCAGGACGGCUUGGGGGUGAGAGAAGCAGAACGGAACCGCUAGUAGUUCCAGACCCAGCUCUCGUCAGGAAAGUCCGGGGUCAGUGGCAAGGCAGCUCGGAGAACGUGAAAUCAAUCGAUGGCAUUUGCUGAGCGCUCGCUAUGUGCAGAACAAUGUACUAAGCGCUUGGGAAGGUACAAACAUGGGAGAGCCACCGCUGCCUCGGUUGAAUUGAAACAUUACGAAUUGACCAUUGUCAAUCCCCUUUGGUUGAAGCAGAGAGGGAGUCGGACUUGUUGGUGAAAUUGGGUUUUUUUUUCCUUUUCUGAAACAGUGGUUUUGACCUAUGCAGACUUGCUAAUUUAUUUUUCCAUUAAGUAGUAUCUUUGUCUCCCGAAGUAUUGCCACAGCAUUUUUCGCAAUAGUUAUGAAGAGCUAGUCAUUCCCUUACUCUGGUUCCAUGGCCCAGUCCCAAUUAGUCCCUAGCCCGUCUGACAGACGCCACACAGCCCAGUAUUUAAGCCGGGAUGUUAAACACGACAGGAAGGAGCAUUUAGAGCAGGCAAACAAGUCGGCUCUUCAGAGUCAUUCUGCAUGAUGGUUUGAUACGAUUUCGUUGGAGUGAGUUUAAACAUUGAUCUAAAAGACGACUUGAAAAUAGGUAUUUUUACCUUCUUUCUGAAAAAAGCAUAUCCAUGUAUUACUAUAUACACGUUUGUCUUUUGGUAUUUCCUUUUUUAAGAUGGAUAUACAUUUUUAUAAUUUCUUAUAACACAAAGCAUGGCAUUCCCUAUCUCAGCGGGUCUGCUGGUUUAAAAAUAUAUCCAAAUAUGCGGCUGUCCUUGGUGUUCUUGUGAAUUCCCAAGUAAUUUAUUUUAAAUAUUGUAUUCUUUAUAUUGACAAUUUCUUUUGCAGUAUGAAUACAUUUUGAAUACAUUUUUAUAUUCAACCGCC